AUGUCUGCGGCAGCCCCGAUUCCCGAAGACACCAAGAUCGACAGCGGCGUUGAACACCUUGAAGAUCUGAAGCCGGAUGUUGGCAACAACCACGGCCAUGUGGACGGCAAUGCACUUCUCAUCAACAGAGAUGGCGAGAUUCGAAAGAUUCCAAUUCCAUCUUCGGAUCCAAACGAUCCUCUGAAUUUCAGGAAAUGGGAGAAAUAUGGUCUGGUCUUUUGCUGCUGCUGGUUCUCCAGUAUGGGCUUGUCGAUCGCUAGCGGCCUCGGCGCCAUCCUCAACGUCUUUUUCCAGAUGUACGCCCCUCAAGGCUACUCAUCUGAUGAGAUUGUUCUCCUUAUAACAAUCCCUACGCUCUGCAUAGGUCUCGGGAACUACAUCAUACUUCCGCUUUCGCUCGCCUACGGCCGCCGUCCUGUGUUUCUCGGCUUCAUGGUCAUCUUGCUCAUAGCUACUAUUGCUGCGGCUCUGCAAGACAGCUAUACCGGACAUCUAGCCUCACGUGUAGUCCAGGGUCUGGCUACUGGUGCUUCGGAGUCACUGCUUCCACUCAUGCUCACCGAAAUCACAUUCCUACACGAACGGUCUCGGAUAUUUGGCCUGUACUGGAUGGCACAAAACGCGAUCUCUUCUACAAUCAACCUGGCGUCUUCUUACAUCAACCAUGACUUGGGCUGGAGGUGGUAUUACUGGGUUUUUGUCAUUACAGUGGUUGUCGGCCUGGUAAUUGCUUUCUUUUUCGCUUUCGAAACGCAGUUUACCCGGCCACCGGAGUCAUUGGAUGGCCAACUUGUCAUUACAGACGAGUUCGGUGUCACCAGAGUCAUUCCUGAUUCAGAGGCACAGGCAUACCUGGAAGACAUGAACCGCUCUGGAUUGACGGCACCCAACGCCUCCAAUGCUGCCGGUGCCAUUGAACGGAAGACGUACAUGCAACGGAUCAAACCCUGGUCGACGCCUCAUCCUCAACCAAUGCGCGUCAUGUGGAUGAGCUGGAAGCAUAUGGCAGAGUCAUUCUCCUCACCUGGAAUCAUCUAUGCCGUUCUCACCUCCUCAAUCGCUCUCGGCUGUGGAGUAGGCAUGUCACUGACUUACAAUGCCGUCUUGAUGGAGAACUAUCACUGGCAAGCCGCCGACAUUGGCCUCAUCAACGUUGGUGGCGUUAUUGGCGCUGUUCUGGGAAUGCUUUUCUGCACUUUCAUUGGCAACCCCUUUGUGAUGUGGCUGGCUCGUCGCAACCGAGGCGUCCACAUCCCAGAACACCACUUGGUCACAAUGGUGCCACCUGCUAUUGUUGGUGUUGGGAUGUUGUUGCUAUACGGUUACACUGCACCCGGAGGAACGACAUGGUGGGGGCCUUACAUGGGCUGGACCAUCUUCCAGUACUCGUUCACGGCGAUUAUCAUCAUCUCGACGACGUUUGCUUCCGAAGCGGCUCCCAAACAUCCCGGACCCGCACUGGUGGUGGUCGUUGGGACGAAGAAUGUGGUAUCAUUUGGAGUGACAUAUGGGCUGACGCCUAUGGUUGAACGGUUUGGGUAUGAGACUGCUUUCGGUGUCCUGGCUGGUAUCUUCGGUGCCAUUUUCUUGCUCGGUAUUCCUGUGUACAUUCUCAACCCUAAAUGGCGUGCUUACAUGUCUGAGAGGGAUAGCAAGAAGGCUGAGACUGGUUCCGCUUAA